AUGGCUGCUAGACAAGCCUCGAUAUCAAGAAAGACAAACGAAACUCAAAUCGAGGUCUUCAUCGACCUUGAUUGCGCGCCAGGAACGCAGAAGACACAAACGAUAGAAGUAUCCACUGGUAUAGGCUUUCUAGAUCAUAUGUAUACUGCGCUAGCGAAACACGGGGGUAUGUCGCUUACGAUGAAAUGCAAAGGCGACCUUUGGAUAGAUGAUCAUCAUACUGCAGAUAAGUACCCUGCACUCAACUUCUUGACAUUACUUUGGCUAACGUUCCCCACUACACAGGACAGCGCUAUUGCACUAGGUACUGCUUUCAAGCAAGCGCUAGGGGAGAUAAAGGGUAUUCGGCGAUAUGGAACGGGUUUCGCUCCGUUAGACGAGGCUCUUUCUCGCGCAGUCAUCGACAUCUGCUCGCGACCGUACUGCGUUACCGAUCUUGGUCUCAAAAGGGAGAAAAUAGGGGACUUGUCAACUGAGAUGAUUCCUCAUAUCUUCUAUUCUUUCGCCAUCGCUUCUGGCGUGACGCUGCAUGUCGACGUCUUACGCGGUGAAAACGACCACCAUAGAUCUGAAUCAGCUUUCAAGGCGCUAGCACUCGCUAUCCGACAAGCAAUAGAACGCACAGGUGGUGACGAUGUUCCGAGUACUAAAGGUGUCUUGUAG